UAGGAAACCAAUAGCGUUAUCAUUUGCACACACUCUUAUAGGCAGAUGACACUCCUCUAAACUCAAGUUCUUCAAAAGAAAGGAAGGCAGGAUGAAGACCUCUUUGUUACUGUGGGGAGUCCUUGCAGUUUUCUUGGGGGCUGCUCUUGUGGCAGGUUAUGAGGAUGAGGAGGCGGAAGAGCAUGUCCUAGUUGAUAACAAGUGUAAAUGUGCGAGGGUGACCUCAAAGUUUGUCCCUUCGAAAGACAAUCCCCAGGAAGAAGUCCUGGUGAGAAACAUACGAGUCAUAGUCCCCCUGCUGAGCAGAAAGAACAUCUCUGAUCCCACCUCACCAGUGAGAACCACCUUUGUCUACCGGCUGUCUGAGCUCUGCAAAAAAUGUGAUCCCACAGAAGUGGAGCUUGGGGACCGGGUAAUUACUGCUGAGCAGAGCAACAACUGCAGCAGUUCCGAUACCUGCUACACCUAUGACAGGAACAAAUGCUACACCACAACCUUCCCGUUUUUCUACGGCGGGAAGAUCAACACCGUCCAAGCAGCUCUGACUCCAGAAUCCUGCUACGCUGAUUAGAUUAAACCACUGCUGUUAGAGUGCCUUGUUAUACGGUCAUCUGCCCCCACAGACCAAAACACAUUUAUAUUAGCCUGGUAAGAAAGACAGCGUCUGAAAUAUCAGCUCCUCACAGUUAACGUGUUAGCUACAUGAAAAGUAAUGCCUUCCUUCUAUAGCACACGGUGGUAAUAAAUAUAACUGAAUAAUUAAGCCAAUUAUGCAUGAUGGGCAAAAUCCUAUACUGUGAGGCAGAUCCUCAGGUGGUAUAAAUCAAUGUAACUGCCUUGAAAUCAAGGGAGCUACAUUAACUUACACCAGCAGGGGAUCUGGCUUGGACAGUCUUCAUUCAGUCCUGCCUCAGAAGAGGUUCUCAUUAAAGUCGGUGGGAGUUUUCCCCUAGUAACCUUUUAGCCCAGAGAGAUAACGCUCCUGCACAUAAAAUACCAGUGUGCCAUUUGAAAUGGCUCUUUUGGAAAACCCUACUUAAAUGAUCUAAAAAUAAUCUUUUGCACAAACUUUAAGUAACACAAGACCAUACUGUUACACUCCCACCUGCAAGCAUAAUAGAAAUCAGUGCCAUUAUUGAGAAGGAGGUCAUUCAGGAUGGGGCUUUCAAAGAGGCCUAUGGAUUUGGAAACCCAGUUUCUAUUCAUUUUUAAUGGGCAUCCUAAUCCCUUAUGCGGCUUUGAAAAUCACAUUCUCAGUGUAUCCCUGCAUAUUUAGAGAAGACUGAGGACGCUGCUGUUCUUGAGUAUUUUUAAAUGGUGCCAAAAUACCAUGUGUUACGGGAAUGGUAAAUUAUUCUUUCCCGGGAUAUUCGAGACUGAGCUACUUACCAAUGAUAUUUCACUGCUCUGUGUUUCCAUACUGACAAUUAUUAAUGCUUUCUCCAAUUCAUCCAACACCGGGGAGAACAAAUUAUUUCUUUCAGUUUAAAUAAAUAAAUGGUCUAGGUCCUCGUUCUGCAUUCAGAGGUGCAUUGGUGGCCUUUGGGCUUGCACGAUCUGAUUGCAAGAAUGGGGCCCUAGAGGGCUUCCUUCCAGUCUUCUACACCAGAUUCCUCUCUCUUGUUUGUAGAAGGAAUUCUCACCCAUCAAGGAGGCUGAUAUUGCAUUGCACGGUUCAUCACAUUUGAGUGCAUCAUACCUUGUGUUCUCACUAAGCAGUCACGUAUGCAAGUCCAUAAACUGUGUGCAGCAUUACCCCUGGGAAGGCUGAUACAUUCCUCCCUGUUAUAAAAAUUGGUUGCACAUCCCUAGGCUAUUCUGAGAAACCCUGGCAUAUUUCAUGUUGCAACCAAAUAGAGCAAGAGCCAUGUACCCAUGAUUUCAGCUUUGUUAGCAAGCUUGAAGUAAUUAAAUAGAUUUUUCUGCAACUA